AGAAACGUCCUCUUUUUUAUUUUUAUUUUGGGGAUGAAUUAAAACGUCCCCUCUUCUUGUCAUUGAGAGUAAAGCUGUUUUCAGCGAUCACCUGCUCAGACUAGUCCAUGGCGUCAAGCUCAGGCGACGAUGACUUCGUCAUUCUCGUAUGCACAAACCCCAGUCCGAUCGAAGCGGAGACUGAGCAGAAAGAGAUUCUCAUUUCGACCGGAGAUAUCCUAAGCUUGGAUUUGCCCACAAUUCUCAGUUACCAAACACUCAAAGUUCACGCAUCUCGAAUUAGGCUCGUUGAACAAUCUUCGUAUUUCCGAGGCCUCCUCAGCGGGAGCUUUAGUGAAUCAUGCCUGGACUUUAUAUCAAUUCAGUGGAGCCUGGAAACAUUUGUGGAUGUUCUCAAGUGUAUAUAUGGGUGCCCAUUGGAUGUUACAUCGAAUAAUUUCGUUCCUCUUUUUGAGGGUGCACUUUAUUUUGGGGUGGAGAGGCUUCUCUUGAAGUGUAAAGUUUGGUUUUCUGAGGUAUCUUCUUCCAAGGAUUCCGGGUCAUCGCAAAUACAACUGGAUGAUUUAAUUCACAUUUGGAGAUUUGGUUUAGAGUGCGGUGAGGAUCUCUGUGAUGUUUAUACUGUUAGAGAUGAUGAAAUAUGCAAAAUCAUGCUUGUAAUGGUUCAGUUUUUGAAGUUGACAUUCACAAUGUGGGCCAUGUCUAGCAAAUUUUUUAUAGAUGUUCCAUACAAGUUGCUACUAUCUUGUACAGAGCAUCCCCACUUGACGGUUGACAGUGAGAUGUGUCUUUCUGAAGCACUUUUAGUUUGGGUUGAUGCUAAUGCGGAACAGUUGGAAAACUUCAGCAGAACUGGCGAUGAUUGUCAUAACGUCUUUAGACAAAUCCGCAUUAGCCUUUUGCCUCUAUGGUAUGCUGCGGGGAAAAGAAGGUCUUGCCAUUUCUCUAAGCUUUUUGAGGAGAGCAUUGACUCAAUUUUUAGACUAAUGAUUGUUCCACCCCCAUAUUCUGUGAAUUUCUUAGGAGAUGGUGACAUGCAGCAUCUCAGGAUUCGGUUAACGGAAUAUUCUAAGAAGGUGAACCUUUCAGGUUGUCCACAGAUAACAUUAGCCAUUAUGCUCCUGUCUGUGCUUCCUUCUUCACAUGCUAUGGAACCUGCCUUAAGAAAUAUUGUUAAACAUAUUUCCCUUAUCCUUGAAAGUCUCGAAGAGGGAGAUCGAUGUCAUACUUUACUGUGUUUGCUGCCGAUGUUUUCCUUUGAAGCAGUGGAGGAGGUAGAUAUUUCCAAGUGUUCAAAGCUGCAUCUUGAAGCUGCCAUUAUGUGCUUCAGCAUGUCAUUUCCUUCUAUAAGAACGCUGAAAGCAGCUUAUCUUUUGAAUGUCAAGACAACAACAAUUUUGCAUCAAUUGGUGCAGAAGUGCCCUCUGCUCUGUGAAGUUGACUUAACCGUUGAUAUUAGUCCUCUUAUACCAGCACAGGUGUCAGUUGUAUCCUCAAGUCCAGCUAUUACGCCAUCACCAUCAAACAGGUCCUUUAGUGUUGUUGACAAUCCUGUUGAUGUUAUAUCAUCAAAAAGGUCUGGACUAUCAUUGUCAAAUAUCACAAAACUCACAUUGGAGGGCCGAAGUGAUCUCUGUGAUUUGGAUCUCCAGUAUAUCUCAAAAUUCUGCGCUUCCUUGCAAGACCUGAACCUUAAAGCGUGUAUAUCAGUAACAGAUGUUGGCAUAUCAAAUCUUCUAUGCAAAUGUAUGAAGCUACACUCAAUUGUAGUCUGUGAUACUUCUUUUGGGAUUAAAUCGGUGCUGGCUCUUUGCUCUAGUAUUUCUGAUCAUGAUAACGAUCCUGCUGCUAGUUUUGAAUUGACGCAUAAUUCUUUGGCGUUUAAUCUUCAAAAACUGCACAUGGGUGGCUGCAAGGGUGUCGACGAAACUUCUCUUGUAAAGCUUCUGUCUCAAACACAAAUGCUGAAGAGUCUUUGCUUGAGGGACGCUCACCUGGUUGACCAAGCUCUGCAUUGUUUCUCAGGUUCUUCCUUGGAGAUGCUUGAUGUUUCUAAUACUAUGGUUUCUGGAGCUGCGUUAGCUUGGAUAGUCCGUGGAAAUCCUGGUUUAAAGUGCUUGAAAGUGAGGGGCUGCAGACAUAUGUUUCAACCAGAAAGUAGCACCUCAGGGGGAGAAUUUUCAUCCUCGUAUACAUUUAAAGAACUGUAUGUUGAGUUAGGCAAGAAAUGCAGAUUGGAAGAAAUUGCGCUAGGAUGGGGAUUCUCUUACUUUUCUCUGGAAGCUCUCCAACCUGCUAUUAUGUCACUAAGGUCAAUAACUGUGGGUUUAGGUGGAUCAUUAGGUGAAAAUGGACUGAAGCAACUAUCUGCAACUUGUCCAAUGUUAGAGUCAGUAAUUCUUCAUUUUCAGAAAGUGCCUUACACAUGCCAUUGGUUCAUGACAAGGACAUGCUUCCUGGAUAACUCCUGCAAGAUAAUUAUGCUCACUAUGCAGAUGUGUAGCCUUGUCAUAUCUGAUACUAUCAUAACAAACAUGAUGGCAUCCUUGAGAAAUUUGCGGGUGUUGGCUUUGUGCUAUUGCCUUGGUGAUAUAUCUAUAUUAAGCUUCAACUUGUCCAUGCCAAAUCUGAGGAAAUUGCAGCUUGGAAGAGUAAGCCCUUGGAUGACAAAUAAUGAUUUGGCUAUUCUGACUCAGAAUUGUGCAAACUUGGUUGAGCUUUCACUGCUAGGAUGUAAGCUUCUCAAUUCAGAUUCUCAACAGAUCAUCUCACAGGGAUGCCCAGGCUUGACUUUUAUCCAUCUAGAGGACUGUGGAGAAGUAACGACAAAUGGGGUUUCUUCUCUUCUCGAUUGCACGGCUCUUGAAGAUCUCUUGCUGCGUCAUAAUGGCCCUGGGAUACAGAAAAACUUCAUUUUUUUUGCUUCUUCAAAGUUGCCAAUGCUUCGGAAGGUAUCAUUAGAUUUGUGUGAUGCAAGUGAAGGUGAAUUUGACAUUCCAGAUUAUGAAGACAUGUUCUUCUUGAGUACCGUGAAGAUAGCGAAAUGUAGGUCCCAGAGAAGUAGUUUUAACCUCCUAGCUCAAAGAAGGUCUGUGCACAAGGGGACUCUAGUACUGGUUCGGAACAGCAAGAAUCUCAUUAGAACAGUGGUGAAGGAAAGGCUUUAACAAUUAACAGUGAUAUGGAGCCUCCAUUAAAUAAUUUUGCAAGGUUUUGAAAAUGAUGGGUUAAAUGGGUAGCAAGAGCUAUGUUUUCCUUAUUCUUGACGCCCUUCAAUAUUUGAGCUGAUUUUAGUUGUCGUUUGCAUGAGGUAAUGACACAACAGAGGAAAAUGUUUAUGAUCACAUGAGUGCCACGUGGCAAAAUAGUGGUAAAGAAAUUAUAGGUAAAUUUCUUACGAA